CGAUCAUUCAUCAUUUACCCUCAAUCUCCUUCAACUUAUUAGCAUGGUAGUCCUCGCAGCCGCUGUCGUCACAAAAGGCGGAAAACCCGUGAUCGCUAGAGUCUUCAAAGACCUACCCCGUGCGAGGAUCGAAUCACUACUUUCGACCUUUCCAAAGCUUGUACCGCCUUCAUCCCAGCACACUGUGAUCGAUGACCCAGCGUCUGCUAUCCGUUAUGUCUAUCAACCGCUUGAAGAUCUUUGGCUGGUAGUCCUCACAAAUCGCCAAAGCAACAUUCUUCAAGAUAUCGACACUCUUCACCUACUCUCAAGGAUAGUCUCAGACUUUUGCCGUGGUUCUGUGACCGAAUCAGAGGUCUUGAGCAGAAGCUUUGAAGUUCUCAGUAGUUUCGAUGAAGUGGUCUCUCUGGGUUACCGUGAAAAGGUCGAUCUCAAUGGAAUUAGAAGUGUGAUGGAAAUGGAAAGUCAUGAAGAAAAGAUUCAAGAUAUCAUCGCCAAAAAUAAAGAGCAGGAAGCCAAAGAGGAACUUAAAAGGCGCGCCAAACAGCUCGACAUGCAACGUCGGGAUGCCGCCAAACGAGGUCAAGCUGAUGUCUAUGCGGCCGGCAUGCAGGGAUCUGGCGGUGGCGGAUAUGAUCGACCUUAUCAACCUACACCCGUCCCACCUACGAUUCGGGACGAUCCUUACAGAUUGAGAGCUGACAUUCAGCGAUUCUCUAGUCGACCGUCAGCACCCGCUGCGAAACCAUUCAAGACGAAGGGUAUGCAACUGGGGAGCAAAGGCAAAAGUGGGCACGGUCAAGGAGGAUUGUUGGACGCAUUGGGAGAUGAUUACGUUGCGCCCGAGCCUCAACUUGCCGCUGUCAAUACUUCAUCUCAUUCUGGGCUUCCAAGUCCGACCCCCGCCCCACAGUCUGCUACCACAAAAGCUGAUGUCAACCCAUUCGCGCCUGAUCAUCAAGAAGACGUGCAUCUCGUUAUCCGAGAAAAACUUUCAGCUGAAUUAGCUCGAGAUGGUGGUGUAGCCGCCAAUGCGUCAAUGGUUCUUUCAGGGUCUCUCGAUCUGAAAGUGGGCACAGCAAGUGCAUCGAAGAUUUGGCUAAAAGUUCAAAGUGCUGUCAACAAAGGACUACUAAGUGCUGGUGACUUACAAUUUAAGACACAUCCUAACGUCGACAAAAAAGCUUGGGCAGAAAACCAGGUGAUCAAGUUGAAAGAUCCAGCUAGAGGUUUCCCAGUCGGUCAAGGGUUAGGAGUUCUGAAAUGGCGUUUAAUGACCAAGGAUGAAACUCUAAUUCCUGUCUCAAUUAAUUGCUGGCCCACUCAGAAUGACGACGGAAGCUGCGACGUAAACAUUGAGUACGAGGCCGAAAAUGAUCACAUUCAGCUCCACAAUUUGGUCAUAACCCUCCAACUUCCUGAAGGAUCUGCACCAAAUGUCACGCAGUGUGACGGAACAUGGAAGCUUCAAACAGAUGAUGGUACUUGGGCGUUACAAUGGUCAAUUGCGCCCGAUGAGUCUGGUGUCGCACCCAGUACGGGGACGAUGGAAUUCAACUGUCCAAGGGCCGAGACCGACUCAUUUUUCCCUGUGACAGUGGACUUCAUCAGUGAGAAGGGGUUAUGUCAAGUCUCGGUGGACGAGGUAUCUAACAUCGAAGGGGAUGAGGCAGUAGAGUUUUCAACUGAUAGCUUGUUGAAUACAGAUGAGUACUUUGUGGCAUGAUUGUUCUAUUAUUGGUGUCUUUGUGUAUGUAGUUAGAAUGAGAGCGCCUUCUUUAGGCAGUCAGAGAGGUCGAAAGCCAUGGAUUCUAAAAAACUAAAAUUUGAAGAUACAAAUGUUACAUC